AUGGUGGUCAAGGUGGUGGAGAAGGUAGGGAGGCCUACAGAAACCGACGUCGUGGCGAAUUAUGGUCUGUCUGCCAUUUUCCACCCAGGUGACUUGCGAUGUCAGACUGCGGCUGGCCUCUGGCCGAGUUCUGAUCUCCGCGAGAACCCUUUGAGCCUGACUACCGCCUUGAACAAGUCCAAGGGCAUCCUCGUGGCUGACACCUAUGGUGGCGUUGAAGCCUAUCGAUGGGCACGAGAUGCCUACAAUGCCAGGCACCCGAUGCAUGUGAUGGUCGAUAUGUCGGCCUCCGUGCCUGGUUGCAAUGGCAGGCUUUGGCUUGGAGGUGAGCAGGCCAGCACAGACGUAGGUCUGCUCGAGAAAAACGGCAUUUCUGUCGUGUUGCCAGCUUCGCGCACUCCUAUCCCGGCUGAGAGCCUCAACCACGUGGUCCUUGACUACAUUGACGGGACGGCCUUAGCGAAUGAGGACUACGACUUGUCCAAGUUCCUUAAGGUCGCUGACCAGGUUGUGGACUUGCUGAAGAAAGGCCACGGGGUCUUAAGUUCAUGCAGAAACGGAGCUCAUCGCAGCGCGACAGAAACGUGCGUUCUGAUCAUGCGACUCACUGGGUGGCCGUAUGAGCAAGCAGAAAAUUACAUCUGCACUCUUCGAAACUGCGUGGAUCUAAAUUCUGUAGCGCCUCCGUCUGCUCACAGGAGGCAUCCGGUUCGUCCGUCCGAGUUCCUCAAGAAGCACCAGGAGACGAUCCUGGAUGGACACUACGGCCUUGCAGUGAAUGACAUUGUCACGCCUGUGGCAUACCGCAAGAAAAUGCUGGACCUGGGUUUCGAAUCCAUUUCGACCAGGCCUAAGGCCAAGCCUGCCAAGGCUAUCAGACGAGAUUCUGGUUACUCGUCUUUUGAGCUUCUGACGGAUCCGGCCAGUGCCAGUGGCCAGGAAACAGCCAAGGAGGUUGAGUUGGUUGCAGAGGAUGUCCUAGGUGGAACCACCUUGAGUUCAGAAGGUGGGUCUUUGACCUCGUCUUCUGUGGCCUCUGGCCAGGUCCCUGAGCCAAAGGAUCCACCCGCGCAGUCCCAUUCACCUGGCAAAAGAAAGGAGUCUGAGGCAGAGGACGACUUUGCCGAGUUUGAAGUGGUUGAUGAUGAUUUGGAUACGAAAGAGAAGCGAGCGGCAAAGUUGACUUCAUUGUGUGACGACCUGCAGACCCUCAAUGCCUCGAUGCUGAAGCUCCUGCACCCCAAAGAGACCUCCAGGCCACAGCAAAAGGCUAUGCCAAAGCCGCCUUCGGAAGCGAAGAAGGAUGAGGUGAAAGCCGAGAACAAGAUGGACAAGAUGGAUGUCGACGAGGGUGCGGCUUCCCCGGCCAAGGUUGUGGCUGCAUCCAGCACUGAGGAGCCCUUUGAGCCAGAUUACGACCCAGACGACCCCGAGCCAGAAGAACCAGCCCCCUCACCUCUGAAACCGGAUGAAAGUGAGCAAUCCGAAGAAGUGAUGAAGCGGGUCUUGCGCUUGCUCGAAGAACAGCGCUUGCAUAGCCACGCCUUUUUGGCGAAGUCCUCGAGGCAGGAUUCAUUCAGCGAGAAUCAGGAAAGGAUCUUUGCGGCGCUCAUGGGUCCUACGCCUCUGGCGGUGUUGCCAAUGCUUGAUGAUAUGGCUGCCAGCCAGGCCCUGCUGCUCAGGGACAAGAAGGGCAUGAGCCUCUUGCACUUCUCUGCGCGCCUUGGCUGCUGGGAGGUCAUGGACCGCAUGUUGCAGAUUAAUCCUCAGCUCUGUGACCAGAUGACGUCGCCAGUUGGUCGUCCUGCACACUGGUCUCCCCUGAUGAUCUUGAUCGAUGCGGGGCAGGCGCGGGAUCCACAGACCUUCAGGUACAUGCUGGCGCGUUUGCUACAGGAGACCAGUUUGACGACCAUCGAGGCCAGGGGUGCCAAUGGGACUUCUGCCUUGCACAUGGCGACGAGCAAAGGCAUGUUCAACGCCACCAAGCAGAUCCUGUACGCUGUGUACAACAAAAACAGGGCAGACUUGGCGGCCUUCGGCCUGGUUACUUCCAUGCUGAACACGCCAAAUGGUCGCGGUGCUGGCUGCGUUGAUCUGGCACUGCGGUGCAACGUGGAUUUGGCCAUGUACCUGCAGAACCAGUGGAACGCACGUCCUCUUCUCCCGCCACGUGCCUCUGGCCAGGUUGGAUAUGCGGGGAACGGUCUCACAGCUUUCUCAGACCAUAGACGCCUUUGCCCCGUAGGACCGCCUUGCCACAUCUGCUCCGGGUGCUGCGCUAGCAGACUGGAGUCCGUGGAUCGAGCGGCGGCCCUUUUUCAAGAAGUUUUUCUACAUGCGCUGACAAUCCCGGCGUUGAAUAAGUGGACGACCGUAGCGCCGUCUAUGACCUUGGUCGCAGCGAUGCAGCAGUGCUACGACGUCGUCCCGCAGGCCUUUGGUCGGUGUUUUGCACGCGGCCAAGCAGAAGAGUCCAGCGACGACUCUGGGGGUGAAGACGCUGCAUUGGGGGUUCCCAGAGACCAGACAAAACAAUGGAGGAAGCUAGCUAGAAAGAGGCAACAGAAGGCCGCCUUCUUUUUGCAGGAUCAAGAGUCCCGUUUCUUGACAAUGCUCUGGGGCAUUGUGACGUUCUGCGUCAUGACCGUUCACUACUCCUUGUUCAAGCGGGGAACUUGGCUCACAGAGCGCGUUGAAGAUGAGACAGUUGACGCCUGGAUUCCUUUGGUUGGUUUGUAUGGGCCUCUGCUCUCGUGGCCGCAGAGGAGGUUGCGAAGCACCAGGCGCUGCUUGCUUACGGAGGUUGGCCAGCUGUACAGGAAGUUGCUUGAACCAUGGAAACGUUACCCCUGGAAGCUCGUGGAAUUGCCACUGAUGGAAGAGGCCAUGAGGUUUCAAGCUGCACAAGAUUUCUUUCGGGUCCGUGACUGCUGCCUGGAUGGCUUCAGUGCAAAGCUCAAGACAGUGGUGGAGGAUCCUCGUGGCCUGGUGGCUGCCAAAACUUUGAAGUUUUUAGCCUCUGUCUUUGACCGGUUGGUGCCAACGUCCACCUGCAUUGAGCGGGCUUUUGCUAGACUAAGCAGAUGGUGUGACCGUAAGGGGCCGAAACCUCAACUGUCCACGCUUGCCGCAAAAAAUGCUGUGUAUCAUUUUCGACACCUGACAGAUCACUGGCGGGCCAAAGCUCGAAAGCUUGGUGUUAUCCGCAAAGGCAAGAGUCACCGAUGUAGGCCUGACUGGGCCCAUGGUGUACGCAAAGGACGGUGUCGCAAUGGGUUGCACAUGUUUGCCAGAGAAAAUGGUUUGAAUCCUUCCGAUGAUUUGGCUCGUCAGUGGCGCUUGCAGCCUCGUGCAGAGAGGAGGCGCUUUGCCGCGCUGGCUAGAGCUGCUAACUUGCAGGCAAGAACUUUGCAGAGGUGCGACGCAAGGGCUGCCCAAGAGUCUGCUGCCCUUACUGGCGGCUUUUGGAAUAUGAGUGCAAGCACUGGCUUCCCAAUGGCCAAAUCGAUCGUUGCAGAACAUCUGCAUUCUCUGAAAGAUUAUGCCAGAAAUUUCCGCGUUUCCACUGAUUCGCUGCUUCCUGAGAGCCCAAAUAGUUUUGCUGGCGCACCAGCAGUGCCCUUUUCAUUGUGGGCCUCGUGCCAGGUUGGAGCUUGCCCUCAUGAACUGACGGCCCCCCAGCAAGAAUGCUUCUGGUCUUUGCAUGAAAUGUUGGUGCUAGUGAUUGGCAGCCAAAGCCCGGAUCCCACGGUUGCAUCAAAGGAGCCGCUUGUUCUGGAAUUUUGUUCUCAGAGAGCUGCGGCGUCCCGCCAAGUUGUUGUUGCUUACAACACGCGGAAGAAACCCAUUGAUGCAGCGCUCAUCGCUCUGCGUCCGCUCCCUCCAUCUGAAGUUCCGCAUCAGUUUCUUCAAAGUUUGGCAUGCAAGACAGGUGGAGAGCGGCAGGGACCGAGCAAAGGACGUGGCAAGGGCAAAGCUGCCAAAGGCGCAAUGGAGAGAGCAAACAGACCAGACAUGCAUGGAGAUCGUGACGACGCGCUUGAUGACGGAGGCUCUUCGCAGUCGGACGAGGACUCUGUUGCUGAUGUAGACGAUGCUGAGGUUGACUUGUCGCUUGACCCUCCUCCUUCCUGCCCGCCUCUGGCGUCGGUUGCUCCACGACGCCGCAACGUGAGACGCGGUCAUGUUUGGGGCUCCAGCCCAGCAUUUCAAAUCGCUCCCAUCCAUGCAGCAGGCAGUGCGGAGCCCACAGGAUUUGGUGCGAUUUGCGGCAUGCACCAUGACUCCGCCAACCCAACGCUGCAGUGCAAAAAAGCCAUGUCUUGCGGAGGCCUGACCCCUGAGGAGUGCAAGCUUCGUUUGAAGCGCUGGCUUGUCGCCGGGUUGGAUUCCGGCAGGUGGGGCGCCAACAAGCGAGAGAGCCAUGUUAGCAUGGGCGGCGUUCAGCUGUCCCAUUUCGCUGAAGGCCUGAGUUUGGAAGACUUAGACAGAGCGGUGAGCCAUCAGGAAUAA